AUGUCCGCAAUUAAGUUUGGUAGCCACCUAAAAGAACUACGAUUGCACUUAUGUCAGUCAUCUCCCUCAAGCAAAGGAGUCCGGCAGUUCAUAGAAAAAUACUAUAUACCGAUGAAAAAAGCUAAUCCAAAGUUUCCCAUAUUAGUGCGCGAAUGCAGUGGUUUGGAACCAAAAGUUUUUGCUCGAUUUGAAUUUGGACAAGAACGGAGCGAACAACUAUCUGAUCAAUCUGCGGAUAAUGUACUUAAGAAAAUAGAAGGAUUAGUAAAACAAUAG